AUGGGGUCAGCGCGAGGUACCAAACCUGAAAAGGAGGCAAAGGUUAUUGUCGCCGAGCGACUUAGAAAGGAGGCAAAGGCUAUCGCCGACGACCGAAGAAAGUAUAAGGAGAAGCAUCGUUUGAUGCAAGGAUGGGUUUACGAUAAGUACAAGCCCAGCACCGCUGGUAGCGAUAAGGAAGUUCAACUCGAUGCUUUUGACGAGGAAACCUCUACUGAGAACGCUGUUAUCAGCACCCGGCCAGCAGAGGGUUCGGUCUGGCAUCUUCCGACCUCAUCAAAUGGACGGCAAGGGCCAAGGGACUUGACUUUAGGCACGAUGCUUGAAGCUGCAGAACGGUGCUACCAGAUUUCCAAAAAUGAUUUCGACACUAUGAGCUUAUGUGACCAUAUCCACCACAUCCAAGAAGUCUUACAACCAGACAACUCGCCGACGCCAGUCUCCGAAGCACUAGUGACUCAGCCUUUAGUAGUCCUAGCUCAACACCAGCUAUAUCUGGCCAAAAAAGACUACAAAGCCUGUGUAGCCAGGAUCGCUCUUCACAGCAGCUUACCGGAAAGCGUGAAGCGAAACAUAAAGACGUGCCAGGACUGUUACGAUAGAUUUCGACCUGACAUAAAGUCCUGUUCUUGCGCCAAAAAGAAGCAGACCUGUCUCCACGGUCCCUGUCGCUACCACCCAGGGAAUAUUAAAUGCUGGGGAGAGGAUACCGGCAUGAAAAAUUACCUGGAGGAGAAAAAGGUCACUGCUAAGGAGUUCAACCUCUGGAUUCACAUGUGCUACUGGGACUGCUGCGGCGCCAAGCUGGUGACCGUCGAUCCUAGUACGGCACGGCGUAGCCAGAAGAAAAAGAAGAUUCCUCUGGAGAAAUGGGAGAUUGCGAAUGAUAUUGAUGGAAGCGUGGGUUGUAAGACCCGGGACCACCACGUCGCGAUUCAGUAGCGUGUGUCACGAGGUGGAACUAAACAACAUGGAAACAACUUCGUUGUUUCGCGAGGAACUCUAACCAAUCUGGCGAGCCUAUGGCUCGUAUAUACAUACAAUUUUCU